ACAAAUUUUUCUUUCCGUGUACUCACAGGAAUGUUGAAGGGAGCUUUUUUCAUUUUCUUCUCUGCUACUUUCUGUGCUUUUCUCGUGGAACCAAAAAGUCUGCCUGAUGGGAAAAAUUCAUCAAUUCUACAGCACGAAUUUACACGGAAUGCCGUUAAAGACUUUGAGGAUCGCAUCCGUAUGGGCUCCUUCUUUUUAGAGGAAGACGAAAUUCGCGCUGAUGAGAUCGUUAGAGCUUUCAAGAUGGAAGAAAUUGUUGCAGGAAUGCACAAUUCAUCAAAUUUCCUGCCUUCUCAUCACUUCUUCCGCGUCAAGGAGAAGAUUGAGAAGAGCAAAGUCUUCAAAUUAAUUCAAAAAAUGCCCAAAGGAGCGAUUCUUCAUGCACAUCUCAGUGCUAUGGUGUCCUCAGAGUGGCUCCUCAAGAAUGUAACUUACCGCGAAGGAGCAAUAAUUUAUACAAAUUCCAAAAAUAUCAAAAAAUUUACAUUUCAACGCCCCGAUCCUCCUCAAGAAUGGGCCUAUUUGUCGAAUUUGAGGGAUUCUGCAGACAAUGUGACAGCCUUUGAUGAGUGGCUGGAGUCAAAGUUUAAUCUCUACACUCCAAAUCCGGAAACAGACUACCCGGAUAUUGAUGUAGUGUGGACGAGGUUUGAGAAUAUGUUUACUGCAACAUCUGAGCUCAUUAGGUACGUCCCUGUCUUCAAGGAUUAUGUCUACCAGAUGCUUGAAGAGCUUGAUGCCGACAAUGUGAUGUACGCAGAAUUCAGGACAAGCUUUGGGGAUCUCUACGAUGAAUCAGGGAAGAUCUACAGUGCAAUUGAGCACGCGCAGAUCCUCAUUGAGGUCAUUGAGGACUUCAAGAAGGAUCAUCCGAAUUUCUUUGGGGCAAAAGCAAUUUUUACGGGCAAUAGAAAUCGCUUAGCUGAAGGCUCUGAAAGGGAUAUAAAAGUCUUCAUGAUCCUGAAGGAACGUUUCCCCAAUUUUAUUGUUGGAUUCGAUAUAGCAGCUCAAGAGAAAAUUCACAAUACUAAUUUAGAAUCCAUCAGUGCCCUAAAAGGAAUGCAGAAAGGCACAAAAUUCUUCUUCCAUGCAGGAGAGACGAACUGGUACGGCACAGGCGUGGAUGAGAAUCUCAUUGAUGCCAUUCUACUGAACACAACGAGAAUUGGCCAUGGGUACGCCCUGAUCAAGCACCCCUACCUGCUGGACGUGGUGAAGAAGAAGCGGAUUGGAAUUGAAGUUAAUCCCAUUUCCAAUCAAGUCCUGCACCUCGUCUACGACCUGCGGAACCAUCCGGCGAGCUACUACCUCUCCCAAGGACUCGCCGUGACCAUUUCCAGCGACGAUCCUGGCUUUUGGAAUGCAAAGGGGGUCAACUAUGACUUCUACUACGCCUUCAUGGCCAUUGCUCCGGCCGACGCGGGCUUGGAGACGCUCAAGAAAUUCGCCUGGACGUCGCUUGAGCAAAGUGUCCUGACGGAGCGAGAGUGGAUGAAGGUGUCGGAUAUGUUCCACGAGCAAUGGAAAGCCUUCAUUGAGGAUGUUUCGCAGGAUCAAUCGGCCGCUGCAGCUGCAUGACAUCGCCUCGUUGCCCCGUGAAUCCGCAGGAAGCCCACACAACUCCUGCUGAUCUGCUCGAAGCACCUCCUGAAUCCAUGAUCGCCCGUCUCGAAGUAUGGAUCGAGAAUUACAUUAUCCCUCUCGCUGUCGUACCUCCCCAGCAGCUCAAUCUUGGCUGUUGCAUCUGCUGGGGCCAUGCGUUGCAGAUCUUCCACAUUCCUGGGAUCCAUUCCGAAAAUAAAAUCAAAUCUAUAAAAA